AUGGAGGAAGUGCCGCCCCCGUUGGAGAUCAACCCACCGCUGCUCAACGCGGCCUGCCCGUGGGCAACCACGCUUGAAGACCUGCGGCGUCUCUACGCCUGCCCCUGGACCGGCGCCGUCACCACUCGCACGUCUCUGCUCCACGGCUUCGAUCACGACCCAGCAAAGCACCAGUACGCAUUCUUCGACGCCGGCCAAACCGGCCUCCCCCCCAACGCCAGCAUCAACUCGUUCGGAUACAGCCCGCUCACUCUGGAGACGUACCUCGGCUUCAUCAAGACCAUCUCUGAUGAACAGCCCGCUCGUUCCAGCAAAGGCUUCAUCGUGUCCGUCACGGGUGACCCAGAGGACAUCGAACGCUGUUACAAGUUGAUCGCCACCGCUGCGCAGGACCUGAAGUUCCCGCUCGCCAUGGAGAUCAACCUCAGCUGUCCCAAUAUUCCUAACCGGCCGCCUCCGGCUUACUCGCAAGAUCUUCUCUCCGCUUACCUCUUCAGUCUUCAGCGGGCCAUUGCUACCGGCGGCGUUAGCCUCACCCGGAUCCCUGUCGGCCUGAAGACCCCGCCGUACACCCACGCCACCGAGUACCAGACGCUAAUAGCGGCGCUGGAGCAAGCCGCUGCCAACACCACUUCUGGUGGGGUCUGUUCCCUCAGUUUUAUCACGGCCACCAACACGCUCGGCAUGUGCCUGGCGGUCGCGGACGACGGUGACCUCUUGUCAUCCCCGGUGGGCCCGGGGUUCGGCGGCGUGGCCGGCGCGCCGCUGCAUCCGCUGGCUCUGGGGAAUGUGGCGAUGCUCCGGCGCUUGCUGGACUCGAAUGCCGCGAAGCUGGGCCAUAUACGCGUGGUGGGCGUCGGCGGCGUGCUGGAUGAAGAAGGCUUCCGUCGCAUGAGGCGGGCGGGAGCGCAUGCGGUCGCUGUCGCGACCGGCUUGGGAUUGAAGGGGGUGGGCAUCUUUGAGGAGAUCGGGAGGGGCACAGAACGGCGCCAAUCACAGAUCUAG